AUGCGAGAAGCCAAUCCACAAAAGGCCCUGCCGAAGUCUGGUUGGGCUUCCUCAGACUUUUGCGUUUCACCUUGGGCUCCACCAGAUCAGCAGCUGAACAUCACUUCAUCAUUAAUAAAAUGGAAGACAAAUAACAAUGAAAUCCCAAUAGCUCAAUGCUCAGCCAAUUGUGUCCCUGGAUACAGGAAGGUGCCAAUACCUGGAGCCAAAACCUGCUGUUAUGAUUGUGCCCCUUGUUCCAAUGGAGAGAUCUCCAACACAACUGACAGUGAAAACUGCUUCCAAUGCCCAGACAUGGAAUGGCCAAACAAGAAGAGGAUUCAGUGUAUUCCCAUGAAGGAAGAUUUUCUAACAUAUAGUGAUGAUGUCCUUUCACUACUUUUUUAUCCAUCCUAGUCCUGUUUUUCCUUAUUACUGAGACAAUUUUGGGAGUGUUUAUAAAAUAUAGUGAUACCACCAUUGUGAUGGCCAACAACAGGAGCCUGAGCUUCCUCCUCCUUGUCUCCAUCAA